GCGUCCUACUUCCUCUUUUAGUGCCGACGUUUGCGCAGGCUGCUGUUUAUUUCAUUUUUCAGGAAGACCCGGCUUGUCUGUUGGAGUGAAGUUUAUCCUAUGCAGAAAGCGGAGACCGGACGUUCCCGCAAAAUUGUCGCGCAGGUGGAGGGAUCGGGCGUCCUGAAGUCCAGUUUCGAACCAUGAACGGCAGCGGUUCAUUGUACAGUGAGUGCUCCAGCCAGGAGGGACCGGAUGAGCUGGAUACGCUAGGUUGGUACCACUAUGACCUGUCCCGGCACGCUGCGGAGGCCCUGCUCCUGUCCAACGGGAAGGACGGCAGUUACCUGCUCCGAAACAGCCACGAGGGGCCCAACUUCCUGGCACUCUCUGUACGGGCGAAGGAUUCUGUGAAGCACUUCCACGUAAAGCGGGAGGGCGAGGGCUAUUCUUUCGGCUUCAACGUGUAUCCCUCUCUUCAGAACUUCGUGGAGCACUUUGCCAACCAGCCCCUACUGGGCAGCGAUUCAGGCACUCUAAUCAUGUUGAGAUGCCCAUACCCUCGGAGAGUGGAGGAGCCGUCCAUCUACGAGUCCGUGCGGGUGCACACGGCCAUGCAGACUGGCCGCACAGAGAAAGACCUGGUGGCCAACGCCCCCUCCCUGGGCACGAAAGAGGGCUAUCUGGUCAAGCAGGGAGCCUUAGUCAAGAACUGGAAAACGAGGUGGUUUACCUUAAACAGGAAUGAACUCAAAUACUUCAAAGACAAAACGUUUGAUGAGCCGAUUCGAACCCUGGACCUCACAUCCUGCUCUGCGGUGCAAUUCGACUACUCUCAGGAGAGGGUGAACUGUUUCUGUUUGGUGUUUCCCGAGAGGACGUUUUACUUGUGCGCUAAGACCGGCGUGGAGGCGGACGAGUGGAUUAAGAUACUGCGCUGGAAGCUGUCACAGUUACGAAAAGGCCGGUGACAGAGCUGCGCGUGGAGGACCGUCCAGUAGAGGGCGCACCUUCACGGUUCCAUGCGAAUAUGAGGCAUUUUCCCCUCGGAGGACCCCCCUGAUAAAGACGUGCCAAACCUGCCCAGUGGAAAUCCCAGUCCUCUCACAGACAGACAUACAUGGCAAAGAAGGCCACUUGCAUGGUGAUGUACGUGAAAGACCACUCAGGUGGGGGGGGGGCAGAUCGCUGCUGACAUGUGCCUUUGGAGCAGGCCGUCGUGAUGCGACGCUGAUGAGGUUUGCUGAUGUCAGCUGGAUGAGCUGUUUGCAGAUGCAGUAAGAAAAUGUCAUUUGAUUUUAAAAAUGUGAAUAAUUAUCCUGUGAUUUUCAAAACCCCAGUUUACCUUAUUUCACAGCAUAGGGUCUUUUACUGUUCUCUCUAUGUCCUGCAUGUCUCACUGCUGUAUAUGUGAUGUAUAUAUCUGAAAUACCCAGUUCAGUUCAGGGAAAACAGUGUGCAUUAUCUUUCAAAAGCGUAUUUAAUAAAAGGAAUAACAGAUUUA